UAUUUUGUUGAUUUUCCUAAAUCCUCAACAUUUCAGCCCACUGAAGUAGCCUCCAUUUCAAGCCUUGAUAAUGUUAGUCUUAGCUCACUGGAUACUGAAGAAGAUGGGCUGGAGCUGUUAACUGGUGAUGGUCAGCCAACUUUUGAACUUCCUAUCACAGCAUUCCACCCAUUGUUGGAGAAUGAUGAUGGUCAAGAACAUUUUGAGUCCAUUUCUGCAGAGAUUUAUAAUACAGGUAUAGUUCAAGAAGGUGGAAGAAGCUAUGCAGUUUAUGCCAUCUCCGUGAUAAGACAGUUAACGAACGGUGACGAGGAAAAGUGGUGUGUCAUGCGACGGUACAGUGACUUUCAUAACUUCCAUACCAGCCUCAUAGAAAAGUUUCCAAGUCUUUCCUAUCUCCAACUUCCAGGAAAGAAAGCGUUUAAUAACAUGAGCCGACAGUUUCUAGAAAAACGUAAACUUCUUCUCAACCAGUAUCUUCAGAGGCUGCUUGGUCAAAAUGUUUUUACAGAAUAUCCAAAACUAAUAGAUAUGGUCUCAUGCUUCUUAGAGCCUGGUCUCUACGAGAAAGAAAAACGACCACUUUCAAAAACAGUUGGAACUUUGGUUAAUCCUCUCAGAUCUUCUGUUAAAACUAUGGGCAAUAUUGUCAAGACAAUGCCUGACAACCUUAUUGAUGGACUGAAAGAUGGACUGGUUAAAGUGCUUGGAGGUCGUUUCUCCCCGUCUCUGAACCCUGUGCUUCCUGACAGUGGAAAAGUGGCUGCUGGAAUUGAUGUGGAG